AUGGCCAGCUGCGUCCGAAGUGGUCCCACUUCGAAUGCAGCUGAUCCGACGAUAUCGAGCAGCUGCCCUCCGCUGCCUCCGGUCGACACAGCAGCCGCCGCCGCUCACAGCACCGUCGCCGCUGCUCUCCAAAGCCACCGCGCCGCUGCCCCUCGCCGCCCAAAGCAACCGCCGCACUCCCUCGCCGCCGGUCGCCUCCCCCGCUCCACCGCCGGUCGCCGUCCCCGCGUUCGUUGCUGGUGCUCCGUCGCCGAUCAGCAGCCGCCGCCGCUCACAGCACCGUCGCCGCUGCUCUCCAAAGCCACCGCGCCGCUGCCCCUCGCCGCCCAAAGCAACCGCCGCACUCCCUCGCCGCCGGUCGCCUCCCCCGCUCCACCGCCGGUCGCCGUCCCCGCGUUCGUUGCUGGUGCUCCGUCGCCGAUCAGAAAACCAUUGUUUUCUGGAUGUAGUAAAUUUACAAAGUUAUCAUCAAUGCUUAAAUUGUAUAACUUAAAAGCAAAGAAUAGGUGGAGUGAUAAGAGUUUUACGGAGCUAUUGAAACUUUUAAAGGACAUGCUUCCUGAUGAUAACGAACUUCCUUGUUCAACUUAUGAGGCAAAGAAAAUGUUAUGUCCGUUGAGUAUGGACAUUGAAAGGAUCCAUGCAUGUCCAAACGAUUGUAUUUUGUAUUGGAAACAAUACAAAGACUUGCAUGUGUGUCCGGAGUGUGGAGCAUCGCGUUAUAAACGGAAAGGAUACGAUGAUGCAUGUGAGAAGAAGAAAGGUGUUCCUGUGAAGGUAUUGUGGUAUCUACCGGUGAUCCCAAGGUUCAAGCAUUUGUUUGCAAAUGCAAAUGAUGCAAACAAUUUGCAAUGGCAUGCUAUUGGUAGAAAAGAAGAUGGAAAGUUGAGACAUCCCGCCGAUUCUCCUCAAUGGAAGAACAUUAAUAUGAAGUUUCCUGAAUUCGGUUCCGAAAACGAAAAUCUUAGGCUUGGACUAUGCACGGAUAGAAUGAAUCCUCAUGGUAACAUGAGCAGUCGCCAUAGCACUUGGCCAGUUCUUUUAACAGUUUACAAUCUUCCUCGUUGGUUAUGCAUGAAGCGUAAGUACAUCAUGUUAUCUUUGUUAAUAUCUGGGCCUAAACAACCAGGAAACGACAUAGAUGUGUACUUGACACCGCUUAUUGAAGAUUUAAAGAUACUGUGGAAUGAAGGUGUGGCGGUGUUUGAUGCUCAUAGCCAAACCAACUUCACCUUGCGAGCCAUGCUGUUCUGCACAAUCAAUGACUUCCCAGCAUAUGGUAACUUGUCAGGAUAUACUACUAAAGGGGCUAAGGCAUGCCCUAUUUAUGAAGACGAAACAGAUGAUCUUUGGCUAAACAAUAGUAAGAAAAAUGUGUUCAUGAGUCAUCGAACCUUUUUGCCUAUUGACCAUCCUUAUAGAAAGAAGAAAAAAGUUUUCAAUGGAAAAUCUGAGGCUAGAGUGGCUCGCUCACCAUUAUCAGGGGAUGUCGUUUAUGAAAGAGUCAAAAACAUUGAUAAUGUGUUGGGAAAAACAUCAAAAACAAGUCAGAAGGGUAAGACGAAAGAUGGUAUAAAAGCAAGAAAAGAUAUGGUAGAAAUGGGGAUAAGAGAUCAGUUAGCACCACAAGAAUCUGGAAAGAGGGCAUACUUACCUCCAGCUUGUUAUACUUCGUCUAAAAAGGAGAAAACAAGUUUUUGUAGCUUUCUGAAUGGUAUUAAGGUUCCUUCCGGCUAUUCAUCUAAUAUUAAAAAACUUGUUUCAAUGAAGGACUUUAAAUUGGUUGGUAUGAAAUCUCAUGGUUGCCAUGUGUUAAUGCAACAUAUGUUACCUGUUGCUAUUAGAGGCAUAUUACCAAACCAUGUUAGACAAAUCAUUACCAAGCUUUGUUACUUUUUCAAUGCCAUUAGUAGUAAACACUACUACACAAACGGCUUUUAA